CCCGAUUGGUUCUUCACUCAGGUGGUGGUGGGGAAAGCACUGCACCGCUUGUGCUAUAACCAGACAACGAAACUUUUGACUAUAUCACAGAGCAGGAAAUAUGUUUGCGGUUGUGAAGUAUCUCGCCAUAGACUAUUUAUAUGAGAAAAUGGUUAAGGAGAGACUUGCCUUUGACUGCUUAGAAAUUCACACCCCUUCCUGCUUGUACCAGGAUAAGAAUUAUUAUCAUGAUGGAUGUUUUGAUGAUGAUAAAUAUAGGAGACCUUGGAUAAGAGUUUCAGUGGAUUCCAGUCAAAUUGUGAUGAACUUUCCGGUACUUGAUAUUUGGAAGGAAUGUCUUUAUGUUGAAGAUUUCUUAGAGAAGAAACCCAUUUCAAACAUCUGUCUACGUAUUCAUAACAAAGAGGCUGAAGUUAUUCCGAGUUCAAAUCCUUGUUCCCAGUUCGAUAUAGAAGAGACCUGUAUGCUUACGAAGCACAAUGACAAAGAACUUAUUCUCACCAGUCCUUUGCAGUCUAAUUAUGCUCCUGCAAUACUUAAAGAACAAAAAGAAGAAAGCUUGUCUAUUGAAGAUGAACUUAUUUUCAGUGAUGAUUUGACUCAACAUGCAAAGCGGUUACCUACCGUCCAUAAACUCUUGAGCCGACUGAAUGUUUUCUAUGUACAGGAUCCUCUUUUAAAUUCUGAAGGUGACAAAAUUACAGAAGAGGACAUCUUCAGGGAGUGCUUUGCAUUCAAAGAGAGCAAAACGCCCCAGACAAAAAGAGAAGAACAAUGUGAAGUGUUUUACAAAGAGACUUUAAGGGAUGAGGAGGUCACUGUACUGCCUCUCCUAUUACGAGUCUGCUCGACAGCAGACUUCCGGUUGGACACUGACAUUCCCACAAGUUUGGCACUGAAAACUUUAUUAGAAGUAACUCCAGAGAUGCUAGGAGAUGAAAACAAAUGUUUCAAAAUAACCAGAAAAGACUUUAAACUGGAGUUUAUUCCUGAGAUCAUCGAGGCAUCAUCGAGCUCCUCACAAGAAGUUUAUGCCAAUCAGAAUAGAAGUACACUGGAAUUCAGCAAUCCAGAAAGGUAUAUGCCAUUCCAUCCUAGAUACCUGGAGGUGCCAUUGACUCCUCCAGGCAGACCAGAAAAGCUGCAUGGGGAUUCAUUGUUGAGACAGCUGCAGCCAGAAUCACCAUCUCUUUUUAGUAAAAGCAUUUUGAUUACAGAACCCAUUGCAGAAUACUUUGAAGCUCUGAUGUGGCAAUCAGAGAAGUAUCAACAUCCAAUGAAUUCUCUUUUACUUGCAGAGCACCAGACUCCUGUACCUCUUUGCCACCAUAUUUCAGUUACAGAACUGAAAACACUGCUGUCUGUACAAGAAGACCUCACGGUCCUCAGCGCCUUUGAAGAAGAAGACGGAUUUAAUUUAAGAGAGAACUUUACUUCACCAUAUACUUUAGAAACACUGAGCACAGUUUCGGAUAACAAAGAAAGAACUGUCUGUACUAAUGCAGAAGAAACAUUCACAAAAACAAAUCAUUUCCAGGCAGACAAAUGGCUUGAAGAACAAAGUUCCUUUGCUACCAAAGCAGAGGAAUCUUUCAGUAUUCCUGAUGAUAGUGGGACAAAAAAGGAUUGCUGGUCUCCUCCGAAAGAAGAGAUGUUUCCUCCAGAUUCCAUGGGGUGUCCACCAGAACAGUACAGCAGCUCUGUUGCAGGUGACAGUGCCUCUACUGAAAAUCACGUCAGGAAAACCCAGGUAGAUGGUGAAUUAGGAAAACCCAUGCAAGAAGACAGGGGAAACGAUAUGUGCCGUCUAACUGGUUUCAGGGAAGCUUAUGUUGAAACAAACAGCAUAUCCAGAAACAAAGUGCCAGCUCCAUCUGAACUACCUAGAAAAAACGGAGAUGAUUUUGACCUUUUGAGCAGUUUUAUCAUGCUGAGAUCUAAACAGAUGGUCACCCAAAACGAGGAGUCAAAAGAUGUGGAGAUUCAAGAAGAAGUUCUAAAUGCUCAGGAGGAGACCCCACCAUCUGAAAAUCAUGACAGUCCUGUUGUCCUGAAUGCUACAGUCCCUCUGGAAAAGCAAACCAAGGAAAAUGAAAUAGGCUCCAUUGUAGUUAAAGCAGCAGAGAGCCAAUUUCAGGCAUAUCUGAUCCUUGAAGCAGCUGCGGCUCCUGUUUUGAAAGAGCUUGUGUCUUUUGGCAUAUAUAAUUGGAGCUUUGCUACCCUUAAUUUUGAUGACUCCAGAUUUUUUUUAAAACAACAAGAGAAAGUGAUGAGUGAUACUUUUAAACAAGAUGUGACUGGUACCAGUAAUGCAAGAGAUAUUACACUUUCCAAACAUGCUGCUCUUCUUCAUUUGCUGGUAACAGUUAGAGAUCUCUUAUUAACAUGUAACUUGAACACAGCAUUAGGAUAUUUGUCCAAGGCAAAAGAUAGAUAUGAGGACUUCUUAGGCUGUACUUUGGAUAAGGUUUGGAGACAGUUGAAGAUUGUGCAGAUUGCUGUGCAGAAUUGGACACUCAAUCCCAAGAUAACAGAACUGCAUCAUCAGAUGUCUAAGUGGGUGCACAGCAAUAUGAAUAACCAGAAUAAGGUAGUAAUUAUAACUAGAAUGGAUUUUGAUGAAGAAAUAGCUCUCCUAAUCAACUCUAUUAGCACAGUAGAGGGCUUGAAAACAGGAUAUUUGAAAACAGAAAGAAGGGGAACUUUCUUAGAGAGUAAAAAUGUGAUAAGUAGUUUGGAACAAUAUGAUUGUGUGGUUGUACAUAAUCAGCACAUUGGACCCAAUUUUCCUUGGACAUGUUUUUCAUCAGUACUGGAGUAUAACUAUUCAGAAAAUUCCUGUUGGAUUGAUCUGUGCAAAAGCAUGAAGAUUUCUUACCUAGCUUUCAGGACAGCUGUCCCAGAAGCAGUAGAGAUCUUCCCAGAUAAUUCUGGAGAUGUCCUUUUGAAGGUGCAAAUUCCCUACAUUUUUCUGACAUCUGAGGGACUUCUCAACAUCCCAGAAAUUCUUCAGCUACUAGAGUCUGAAUACAAUGUUACAUUUAUUGAGCGAAGUGCCUGUGAGGCUUUACAGUUCUUUGGUAGCACAGAACACUAUGUUGUGAUGACGAUAGAUGAAGGCACUGCCAUCAUUGUCCAGAAUGUGGAAGAACUCAAUCAAGAAAAGUCUUCUGAUAAUAUUGUGUUAAGGCUGAUGGUGCUAUCACUUCAGUACACCACCUGCUGGAUGAUUUUAUACUCCAGAGAAAGACUAAAUUCUGAGUAUAGCCUAGCUGCAAAGACUCUGCAUCAUCUGGCAUUAAUAUACGCAGCCUUAGUAUCAUUUGCUCAGAAGACGGAAGAUUUUGAUGUGAAGGUGGUUCUUACACCAGGACUCGAAGAAACAGCACUCUUGGUUCGACAGAUUGCUGACCAUACUCUGCUGAUAUCAAAAAGACAUCCCCAGGAAUGGCUAGACAAAUCCUGGCUUUCUGUCUUGCCAUCAGAGUCAGAGAAAUGCUUGCUUACAUUUCCCUGUAUGAACCCUCUAGUGGCUCAAGUCAUGCUAAGGAAAAGUUCUUCACUGGAGUGGCUUCUGUCAGCAACUUUUGAUCAGCUUCAGAAUCUUUUGCCUGAAGUGCCAGAAAAGGUUUUAAAGGUCAGGUGUGCUAGGUUUUAG